AUGCGCUGGAUUGUAAGAAAUGGCAAGGACAUCAAAUUCUGGGCGUUCAAUUGGGCGCAAGACCAUCCACUACUGGAUUACAUCCCUGAAGAUAGUAGGCACCUGAUUAAUAUAGAUGAAACGAAACAUGAUCAAAUUGAGCUAAUCAAUAAGCUGUGGAAGCUGAAUAUACAACCAAAAGUGAAAAUGUUUGGUUGGCUUCUUCUCAGAGAAAGACUUAAGACCAGGGGUAGACUGUCAAGGUUUGGACUAAUUAAUGACAAUUCUUGUCCACUGUGUCAAGAAGAUAAUGAAACUACCAAUCACUUAUUUGGCUAUUGCAAUGUCACUAAAGCAGUGUGGAAUCUUGCUGCUCUUGACCCCCAAGUCAAUUGGAAUGAAGGCUACCUUAAAGUGUUUAAUGAGCUUUUCUUAUUACAACCCUGCAGCGCUGUAACUACAGCUUUAGGUAAACAAGGUGUGAUUGUUAGAGCUAGCUUGCUGCCUACAAACCCAAAGUUAAUUAGGUGGCAGACUCCCUCUGGUGAUCAUGUUAAAAUAAACUUCGAUGGCUCAAUCCUUAAAGGCUCGGCUGCUGGUGGGUUUGUAAUUAGAGACUUCCUUGGCAAGCCUCUUCUAGCAGCUACUCGACAUAUGGGGAAGAUAACAGUUCCAGUUGCAGAGGCUGUUGCUCUUCAUGAUAGCCUUCAUUGUGCUUUAGAGCGUGGCUUCAUGAGGAUUGAAGUCGAAGGUGAUUCAAAGCUAGUCAUUGAUGCUGUUUGUGGACUCUUCAAACCACCCUGGAGACUUUUCAAGAUUAUCAAAGACAUAAGGACACUGGCUUCACAGUUUGAAUCCAUCUCAUUCAAGCAUGUUUUAAGAUAA